AUGGUGAAGACUGCGCAAUUGCCAGUUUAUGAUAAAAAAAGUUUACCACCACAAGAGACUGUAGAUCUGUUCAAGACUGCAUUCUUCAAUGAAUUGUAUGGUUCAGAAACUAUUGAUGAGCUGCUAUCACAGAUUCAGACAGUAAAGACAGAUUUGUAUAAUAGAGAUUAUUUAAGUGCUUUUGAGAACAAUGUGAAAAGGACAGCAUACUGUUGUAGAUGGUCACCUUCAAGAGCAACAGCAUAUUCUUCGCUGUUUGCUCAUUUAACAGAAGUUACUGAUGUGCUUACCUGUAAAGACGGAGAAGAUCAAGAUGUUUUGUGCAUUGGUGGAGGUGCUGGCGGUGAACUGGUAGCGAUUGCCAGUUUGUUUGCACCUUCAAGAUCAUUUGAUUCAAAAUAUAGAACAAAGAGGAUUGAAUCAGAGGAUGGUGAUUUACAUGGUACUCCAACUAAGACUACACUAAAUCUGCAUUUAGUUGAUGUAGCAAAUUGGGAAAAUGUCUUGAAGAGACUGUCAGAUACUAUUGAAGACAGAUGGCUUUACCAAGGUGAAAUGAAAUACUUCAACACAACGUUCACAAAUAAGAAUAUUUUAGAAAUGAGCAACGAUGAGAUGCAUAUUUCGAAUUUGAAUUUAAUUACGUUAUUAUUCACUACAAAUGAAAUAUUCACAGAGCAUAAAACAGAAAGUGUAAAGUUGUUUCAAAAAUUUAACAAAAGUUGUAAGAAAGGAUGUUACUUGCUAAUAGUAGAGAGUGCAGGUAGUUACUCAAACAUAACAAUUGGUUCAAAAGUUUUCCCAAUUCAUUUUUUGGUUGAUACCAUACUGGUUGGAAAGAGAAGUGCAAAGAAAGAUUUUUCUGGAGGUUUAGGUGAGGGAUCUUGGUCUCUAAUAAAGGAAAAUGAUAAUAUUUGGUAUCGUGGUGAUACGCAAUUAGAUUAUCCAAUGAAACUAGAAAAUAUGAGAAUAUUUUAUAGAUUAUAUAGAAAGAAUUAG